AUGUCAGCAGUCAAACAUUACCUGUCGCUGGCUGCCGUCUUGUUAGGCGUUGCUGACAACACAGUGCCAUCGCAAAAGAUUUCAGCGUAUCCAAGGAUUGCAGCAUAUCCAGAAAAUCCAGUUCCCGAUACUGGCCUGUCUUUCGCCAGUAAUUUGAGCAUCAUGGACUUUAUCGAUAUGUGUGCAUCUGGCGUGUAUUUUGAUGGUUCUGAUAAAUGUGCGUAUCUCUCUGACGAUUUGAUACAUCAGAUUGAACGCCAGAAUAGUUUAUUCUACGGCGAAAUGGAGCGAACCGAGCAAGAAAAGGAGAAGAUCAAGCAGGAAACAAAGUCAAUGAAUAGAGCCGGAAAAUCACGGCUGUUCGACGCCUUGGAUAACCCAGCCACAGUUCAACAGCUGGUUAUUGAAGGGGAAGACGUAAACUUUGAAGAUUUUCUCGGAGCAACUCCACUGCACUGGGUGUUUUCAGAAGAGACGCCAAAUCUUGAAUCUGCGGAAAUUAUGCUUCAAAAUGGAGGGAACAUAGAUAGCCAGGACUACCAAGGCAACACGCCUCUCGAGUAUGCCGUUCGUCACGCAAAGUCGGCGGAAGGGGUGGAAUGGCUUCUAGCCAAAGGUGCAGAUUCAAACGUCAAGACGAAACAGAAUCUCUUGCUAUUUGCCUCGUCUCAAGGCAAAAUCGACAUCCUUGAGAUGCUGCUGGAAGCAGGGGCAGAUCCAAACACGCCACGACACUUCCCACCGCUCUUCUCCGCCAUAGGACUAGGAAGCCUUUUUAAUGAGACGGUAGAUUUGCUUCUCGCGCAUGGAGCCAAUCCUAUUGCCCAGACAAAUGGGGAUAUGACGCCUUUGGCCUAUGCCGCGCGCCACGGCAAUUCUUCCGGUCGCUUAGGCGUGAUUCGCAAAGUAUACGAACAGGCACAGCGUCGAGGCACUCCGUAUACUGCUGGACAGCUGAGCAAGGCUCUUUCUGAAUAUCGCGGUAAAAGCUACCCCCGGGAUUUUUUCGAACAGUUUUUAAAAUGGAACGUGGACGUGAACCAAAAAAUAGCUCGUCUAAAUGGUGGCUUUACUCGGCCUUUGAUUAUUGCCUCCGGAGACCAAAACGCCGACGCCGACGCCAUUCAGCAUCUAUUGAAUUUGGGGGCAGAUUCAGCUUUGGGGGAUGGCGAUGGAAACACUCCGCUUCACGCAGCGAUACGCACAGGAGCACCAGAUACGGCGCUAUCCUUACUGGAGAUACUUGACGCCCAGGCGAUUGACCAGGUGAACAAACAUGGCCAGACAGCUUUGCAUUUUGCAUCCAUGGGUUUUCACCCAGAUGCUUUCAAUGUCCGGGAUGGGAGAUUCUUCCUUGGUCCUGAAGUAGAAGGACUGUCCAAAGAUGAAGCGAUGCGCCUGUUCAAAGACGGUACUAUUAUUAGGCAACGCACCGAAACACAAAUCGCACGCCGCACAGGUCUUAUCCAGGCUCUGCUCGGCAAAGGAGCAUCUCCAUACGCGCAGGAUACUCUAACGGGCGCCACGCCAUUGCACUACGCUUGUAGAAUCGGUAUCCCUGAGUUCGUGACUGCCCUUUUGAAAGGCUGUUCAGGGAAAUGCCUUGAAGUGAAGGAUAAUCUGGGCCAGACAGCAUUGCACUGGGCAGCCAGAUACGGAAAAUCCGGCGCUGUGAAGGCACUCAUGGAAUGGUCCCAAACAGAACAGGACAAUAAAGAAAUGUACGGUCGUAACCUCCCCUGCGUGGCGGACGAAAAGGGUCGCCUACCGCUUCAUCUUGCCGCAAUGAAAGGCCACGACGAUGCCAUGGACGUUUUGCUAGAGUACACUCCGGCCACGCAUUACGAAGUUGAAGACUUGGACGGCCGCACACCCUUGUGGUAUGCCGCGUACUAUUACGAUAAGACACACGUUUGGGGCUGCGAUCUCUACAGAUACGAUGACUGUGCGGGCAAGAUUCAACGGAAGCUGGAGAGUGUGCGGGGUGUUGGUCCGAAAUAUUACUUUGCUUUUGCUGCUGUGGCUUCUUUGGUGGGUUUGGCGGUUAUCUUUCGGUCUGCUAUUAUGGGUGUUGCUGAUGCUGCUCUUGAAUUGGGUCGUGGGCUCUAUGUAAAGGCGUGGCAAGGGGGAGAAAUCGGUUGGCGAUGGGGAGUUGUUGCAUGGCGAUGUGCCGUAGCUGGUGCUGUGGCUGGUUGGCAGUCUAUGCGAGAUGAAUAUCUCAAGAGCAAUACAACUUGA